AUUUCACAACAAAAGUCUUCGCCCUUUUUCCUUUUUGCUCUACCAAAGAGCUACACCCAAAUUAGAUACUAUUUUGCAAUGGUAAACAGCCUUUUUUAAACUAAAAUAAUGUAACUCUAAGUUAAUGUCCAACAUCACUUCGAAGAUGACCGUGUGGAAUUCCAAAAAUCCUCGCCCAGAUGACCAACUCAAAGAAUGGAUUUACCGAGGCGAAGGCAAUUGCAAUUUGGUCUUGUCCCUGCCCAAAUCCAGGCGAAUUUUGCGGAUAAGGAAAACCGAAAAACCCAAAACCCUUCUCGGCUGGAUUCUGGUAUUGAUAAGCGAUUUUAUUCAUUGGUAUUACGGUAUUGGGUUCAAAGAUGAAGUGAGGGAUUUGAAUUUUUAUAAUAAUGUAAUGAGGCCCCUUAUAGGGCUUGGGUAUACUUCUGAAUCCAAACAGGUGGCUUUAAGUCGAAAGCAAAUGCGUAUAUUUAAUGAAGGGCUUGAGAAAAAAAGGCCUGAGCAUAGACAGAAUAAAACCUUACAAUACAAUAGAGCUGCUUUGUUUAAUGACUUUGCUUAUUUACCAAUUCAAUAUGAUUAUUUGCCAUUCUCAGGCCAAACUUAUUCAGUUGAAAUUAAGCCUAAACAAGGCUGGAGGCCUUUGGAGGAACAACAGUUGUACAAACAAUGCUUUUUUUGCAUGAAUCAACACUUAAAGUUGGAAAAGAAAACCAUUCUAAUGAAAACCAAAUAUUGUCCUGAAGAGUUGUUUUCAGGCGAUGAAAAAAGGAUGAAAAUAGCACUGAAACAUUUAAUUGAAAUUCCUCAAAACAACUUCAAAAUUUUUAGAAAUGGCUUGUUAUGCUAUGAUGGCAAAAAUGAAGACUUAAUUAUUGUACUACAAGAAAUGUUUGAGUCUCAAGACUCAAUUGAUAGUUUAAAUGAAGAAUUCUGUGAUUUUCUACAAAAAUGUUUAAUCAAAAAUCUAGCAAAUAAUCCUAUCUCAUGUAUUUGUAGUCCAAAUACUAAACUACCAAAGGGUUCAGUAUUAGAACACAUCCUUUCAGUACAAAUGCUUGAUACUGAAGGUACCAAACAUACUUUUGAAAAAUUUAAAAAACAUAUUGAAGAAGAUGAUUACAGUUUUGUAGACAAACUGCUCGAAAUUGUAGAAAGUGAUAAAAAAACCUGUGUUAGAUGUAUCAUACAAAAAGCACCAAAUUCGAUUUUUAUGCCAUACUUGAUUGCAGCCAUAGCAAAAGAUUGUUCUUUGAUGAUCACUUUCAGAAAACUCAAUAAUACAACUUAUAAUGGCGAUAAUGUGUUUGUAACCAAGUUUGGGAGCUUUUUGGUGAACAUCGGAGUAUUUGAUCUCUAUCCUAAACCUUUAUCGACUAUAAGGAAGCAUUUUAAAAGGAAUGCUGACAUGGUUAAGGCUUUAGUAGACCAAAUAUGAUUUUAUCUUUUAGACUAUUUUAUUAAUUAAUCUAUUUUAAUAUUGCUUUUUUGGUAUAUAUUUUUUUUUUUUAGCCAACAUUUAUGUGAUAGAUAUUCUUAUUUAUUGUAACUGUUUUUAACAAUAAAAAAUUGCUUUUAUUAAAUUA